AUGAAAUCCAGCAGCGAAUCCUCUGUCUCUGGUGUCUCUUCCGCUGAGCCAGAAGUAACAGUUGAUGAACCUAUGAGUCCUGAUCCUUCUCCUCCCGAGUCACAAAGGCCAAAGGUUCACUCUUUCAGCAAGGUUUUGACUGCGUCUGAUACAAGCACGCAUGGUGGCUUCUCUGUCCUUAGGAAACAUGCUACAGAGUGCCUUUCCCCGCUGGCAACCACGGAGGCAUCUUUUGACCACAGGGUGGAGCACCUUUGUUACAGCCAAGAGAUUGAGGGGAGAAUGGAGAGUUGCGGGUUGGAGUCAGACGUGCUAAUCGUCAACAGACCAAUAUGCCCUCAUCCGUCAUAUCAAGUCAUAGCAUGCAUCUGGGAGUGCUUGCUACUGCCUGUCAUGCUACUCAAACCUGAUCUAUGUUCACCAACAAGCCAAUUCAUCAUUAGCUUGAACAAAUAUUUGGAAGCCAUGAGCAACAAGUUCGCUGUAGGAAUAAGAUUUAAGAUGAGGUUUGAGGGAGAGGAUUCCCCUGAAAGAAGAUUUUCUGGCACGGUUGUUGGUGUUAAAGACUGCUCCACUCACUGGAAAGACUCAAAUUGGCGAUGCCUAGAAGUUCGCUGGGAUGAGCCUGCAUCGAUUUCAAGACCGGAUAAGGUUUCACCAUGGGAGAUCGAGGCGUUUGUAACUUCGGAAAAUGUUCCUCACUCAGUUAUGCCAAAGAACAAAAGGCCCCGUCAUUUUAGUGAAGUAUCUGCACUUGGCGCUCUAACUCUCUCCUCCCUAUCAUCCUCCCGUGUGUUUCUUGACUUGGACGUUCAGCCAACCAGAGAUUAUCUGACUUGGUUGGGCUCAAACUCAGAUGUUACUAACAGGGUUAAUCCCGACAAUGUGACCAAGGCAGAGACGGUUUCUUGGUUUGAGUGCACAACCACCAUUGAUGAUGUUGUGCAUGGUUCUGCAUGGUAUUAUAUUUCCUGCGGUGGUUGCAAGACGAAGGUGACAAAAGGGCCUACUAUGCUUAUGUGUAAGAAAUGUGUGAAAGUUGAAGUUGCCGGUGUUUCAGAGUAUCUUACGAAGCUCUCUGUCUACGACAACAAUGACCAUGGGUUUUUUGUGCUUCUCGGUGAUGCUGGGCGUGAGUUGACUGGGAAGCCAGCAUCAGCAUUGGUUGAGAGCUACUUUGAGGCCAAUGAAAGCGUAGGAGUUGAUCACAUAGUCCCGGUGCCACAGGCUCUGAUUUAUACCAUUGGGCAAACUUGA